ACUGUAAAGUUUGGUGGUGAUAGUGUUUUUGUAUGGGGUUGUUUUACUUCAAGUGAUGUUGGUUUUUUGUGUAAAAUUGAUGGAGGACUGGAUGUGAAGCUUUAUCGUCAAAUAUUAAGUGAGGACUUUAUGGAGACUUUGCGGUACUAUGAUUUAAGUGUUUCAGACAUUAUCUUUCAACAGGAUAACGAUCUAAAAUACACUGCUUUACUUACCAAACAGUGGUUUGAGAACAAUAAUGUUGAAGUCUUGCCGUGA